AUGCUCGCUAUCCAUCCCCACGUGCACAAGGUUCGCAUGAAGUCAAUGCCCAACGAAAUACCCGUGAGGUUGUGCGCGCAAUGCUGCGAAAGCAAGAGCACUCCCUUGCCUACAAAACGCACACCGUACUCUGAAGCACUGGAUAACCAGGAAUACCAGAGCAGCGGUGAAGGCGAGCAAAACAACGGUUGCCAAAGCCGCUCUAGUAAGUUUGAGCUUGUGCCUCCCUGUGGAUAA